CCUGGUUAGUGCCAAUCUAGCUCUACCGCUUCCAAGCGUUCGUCAAGAGCAGACCAUGUACCAAACGAGGUCAACAAGUACAGUCAGACCCUUACGGUUUGGGAGAGAUCUGAGCUUGCCGUAGACUGUAAUCCAGUCAGAAAGCCGGAAAUAUGGAGGAGCAAAAUGCACGGUCGGGUAAAUGCUGCUUGAUCUGCAUUCGAGCACUCGCGCCCGAUUCGAGGAAGCAUACAGAGGCAUUGCAGACCGUCUCGAGCUUCCAGGACGAUCCGAUCCCAAGGCUAAUAUCCUUCAGCUUGUGUUUAACUGGCUUUCGGACGAGGGAAAUGGCAGAUGGGUUAUGGUCCUGGACAAUGUCGACGACGACAGGGUCUUCUUUCCUAAUGUGGGAAACCCACAGCAAGCCGAGGAUGAGUCUACACCGUUGGCCAACUAUCUCCCACAAACUUCGAACGGAUCCAUUCUAGUAACUUCGCGCAACAAAGACGCCGCAUUUAGAUUGACCGGCGACUCGAGAAACAUCCGAGAAACUAAGAAGAUGGACGAACACCUGGCACUCCAUCUCUUUCGCAAGAAACUACAAGCUGUCCCAGCCCAGGCUGAGGCCGGUGCUCUCAUACGUGCACUCGAGUGCAUACCCCUAGCGAUUACGCAAGCUGCAGAGAAGAGUCUCUCGUACUCAGCGCUCAUAGGCUGAACGGUGAGAAAGCCUAGGGCCAUUUCAGAUAAACGAGGGUAUUUGACGCGAAGAACAUGCUAGUACUGCAAAGGGUUAGGGCAAUAUGCUAUGUCUUGUGACUCGUUGGUACACCAAGCAGCGUAUUCGUCCAUCCCCUCCGUGAUACGCACAGCCUGCGCUUGGUUUUGGAUUGCGAUAGCACGCUUUUUGAAGACAUCCUGCUCGAAGGGAUCGUAGUAGGUACACUUAUCUCCUACAGCUGGUGUCGAUAGGGAGGCUGGCGAGAGAGGCAUACGCUCCUUGUUUUAUAUACUCAGUCCCAGAUAUCUUGAACCUUUUUCUUCGCAACCUUGACACAAUCAUGGUGUUCUUUCCAUUUAUCUUGAAACCAGCUCCAUCGUA